AUGGGUAAUCAUAUUUCAUGGAACAGCGGAAAGAAAGAGAUUAUUGAUGCGCUGAAUGAUGUGGGCGGCAAUGUUUCACGGAAAGCGCCUGAUUCUGGAAUGUCGAAGAGUAAUGAAAUCAGCACGAAAUGUAGUGAAUAUAUCUCAUAUCAGCAGCAAAUGUCAACCUCUCCCGCGAAUCUAAAAUCGGAUAUAUUUUGUAAUAAGCAAGAUAAACUGAUUUAUAAUAGCAGCACAACAAAUGUAAAUGAUGGAAAAUGGAAAUCAAACUCAGAACUUGAUAAGCAACUUUUCAUGCCAUUGAAAUUAUCGAAUAAAAUGAAGUGUAAGAAUUCAAGAGAGCAACGACAAAGUACUGGAAUUGGUGUAAAGCGUAACCAACCACUAAUUCGAAUGAGAUCAACAGAUCUCAGUGAAUCGCGACAACAAUUUCAUAGUAAUAACAAAAAUUCGGAUUGUCGUGGAACUCAUCCAAUUUCAUCUCAGGGACGUGAAAUCAUUCAGGCCUGUUUUGUUAAUCAACAUAGCGAAAUUGGUUAUCGUAUUUGCAUGCGAGUUUUUGAAAAGCGUCCUGAUUAUCAAAGAUUCGUAUAUGCUAUCGGCAAGGAAAAAUGGCUAAAUGCCUCCUAUGAGCUUCGUGAUUACUUGAAUAAUGUUGUAAGCAAGGUUCAUGAUGUAGUAGCAGUGAAAGAAAUAUCGCGACAUUAUGGUGAACGGCAUGUACCACUGAAAAAAUAUGGCUUCAAGACUGAUUUUUGGGUUAGUAUAGCCGAUGCGAUUGCAGUUGAAUGCGUAAUAUUGGAUAUGGCUAGUCAUCAAGCGACUGAAACGAUAAUGGCAUGGUCUCAACUAACAUCGUUAAUGUUUACAUCAAUUCGUGACGGUUACUAUGCGGCAUUGCGAUUUCAACGACAAACGCUCAAAAAUUGCAAAAAUUCGCAGUCGCAUCUAUUCGUUGAUUCUAUUGGAAGCUCAGACAGAUCUCCUACAUCCACCGUUUGA